AUGAGCAAAGGCUACACGCACGCACAGACGCCACAGCUCCCGGAUGCUGUGGCUCGCUCAUCUGGGCUUCUGCAGCGCCAGGAGCCCCUCCGGGAUGCUGCGAGGGGCUCUCGGUGGGUGGUGGUGGUGGUACGAAAGGCUGCGGCCGCCGCCGCCAGUUCUACCGCUGCUGUUGUUGCUGCUGCAGUCACGUGGGAGGCCCUUUAA